UUGUACCAGAACGUAUCGCUUGAUCGUCUGCGGUUACCCGGCUAUAUAUGAUUCUUUCYGAGAAUAGGUGGAUCCAAAGACAUCAUUUGCGCUGCAUAUCAAAUAGAAUGCAAGGGAACUCGUUUACAAUGUAUCGGUACGGGUCGGGUCGUGACCACUGCAGUGCAUUCUGAAGAGGGACAAGGAGUAACGUUAAUAGGUAUCACGCAAUAACGGUUGCCAACCAGCAACAUCAUAGGGACGUGAAAUUAUGCUCUUCAUUCAUAUAUAGGUUUCCUGUCUGCGGGACCUUUGGAUUGAUUCUUUGAUUUAAAUAGAAUAAUAUCGUAGGUCUACCAUUUCAAGCAAUCAAACAUUAUGUGAAUUAGGCUAUUAGUGUUGUUAACCCAAUGCAACAUGUUGUUGGCAGUAGAGACUUCAUCGUUGCAUUUAUUGAUUCACAGAAUACGUAUUUUCUCGGGAUGAUGUCCCUGUGUGAACCACGCUCAAUCUCCCCUCCGCUGGUUUGAGUUCCUGCUCUCUGUCAGGGGCCCGCCUGCUGAUUCCUCCCCGACACCACYUCACGUAGAGGGCGAUGCGGCGGUUUGUCUACUGUAAGGUGGUGCUGACCACUUCGCUGGUCUGGGUGCUGGUGGAUGUCUUCCUGUUGCUCUACUUCAGUGAAUGUAACAAAUGUGACGACAGGAAGGAUCGCUCAAUGCUGCCUGCUCUGAGAGCGGUCAUAUUGCGGACCCACGAGGGCCCAGGGGAGAUGGGGAAGGCGGUGGUUAUCGCAAAGGACGAGCAGGAGAAAAUGAAGGAGCUCUUUAAGAUUAACCAGUUCAAUCUGAUGGCCAGCGACAUGAUUGCGCUCAACAGGAGUCUGCCGGAUGUGAGACUGGACGGUUGCAAGACCAAGGUGUACACGGACGAUCUCCCCAACACCAGUAUAGUGAUUGUGUUCCACAACGAGGCGUGGAGCACCCUGCUCCGCACCGUCCACAGUGUCAUCAACCGGUCGCCACGCCACCUACUGCAGGAGAUCCUGCUGGUGGACGACGCCAGUGAGAGAGACUUCUUGGGAAAGAAGCUGGAGAACUAUGGUCGGACCCUGGAGGUUCCCGUGCGGGUCCUGCGGAUGGAGCAGCGGACGGGGCUGAUCCGGGCCAGGCUGAGGGGGGCUGCGGCCACACGGGGGCAGGUCAUCACCUUCCUGGAUGCCCAUUGUGAGUGCACCAUGGGCUGGCUGGAGCCUCUGCUGGCCAGGAUCAAAGAGGACCGGAGAUCUGUGGUGUGUCCUAUAAUCGAUGUGAUCAGCGACGAGACGUUUGAAUAUAUGGCAGGCUCAGACAUGACCUAUGGAGGAUUUAACUGGAAGCUGAAUUUCCGUUGGUAUCCCGUGCCUCAGAGAGAGAUGGACAGGCGCAAAGGGGACAGGACACUCCCUCUCAGAACCCCUACUAUGGCUGGAGGGUUAUUCUCUAUUGACCGGACAUAUUUUGAAGAAAUAGGCACAUACGAUCCAGGGAUGGACAUUUGGGGCGGAGAGAACUUGGAGAUGUCUUUCAGGAUCUGGCAGUGUGGCGGCUCUCUGGAGAUUGUCACUUGUUCCCAUGUGGGUCACGUGUUCCGAAAGGCCACCCCUUACAGCUUCCCUGGGGGCACGGGUCAAGUCAUCAACAAGAACAACAGGCGAUUGGCCGAGGUGUGGAUGGACGGCUUCAAAGACUUCUUCUAUAUCAUAUCACCAGGUGUGGCCCGGGUGGGCUAUGGAGAUGUGUCCUCUCGUAAGGCCCUGCGUGAAGCUCUGCAGUGCAAACCCUUCUCCUGGUACCUGGAGAACAUCUACCCCGACUCUCAGAUCCCCCGGCGAUACUACUCACUUGGUGAAAUCAGAAAUGUUGAAACGAACCAGUGUGUGGACAACAUGGGCAGAAAGGAAAACGAGAAAGUUGGCUUCUUCAACUGCCAUGGCAUGGGUGGGAAUCAGGUGUUUUCCUACACAGCUGAUAAGGAGAUCCGGACAGAUGACCUGUGUCUGGAUGUGUCUCGUCCCCAUGGACCUGUGGUCAUGCUGAAGUGUCAUCAAAUGAAGGGGAAUCAGAUGUUUGAGUAUGAUGCAGAGCGGCUGACCCUGCUGCACGUCAACAGUAACCAGUGUCUGGACAUGCCUACUGAGGAGGACAAGAUGGUGCCCACCCUGAGAGACUGCACAGGCAGCCGCUCCCAGCAGUGGUUCCUCCGCAACAUGACACUGACGCUCUGAUCUGACCCAGGA